AAAAAGAGAAAGGAGAAGUAGAGAGAGAAGGGGACAAGCAAAAGAAAGAGAUGUAAAACAGAAGAGAAGAAAUGACAAUGAGAAGUAAAGCAAGAGGUUGAGAGGAGAAAAGAGAAAGAGAAAAAACAAGAGAAAAGAAAAAAGACAGAAGAAAGAAAGAAACAACAAAAAAAGUUUAAAACCUGGAAAACAGCAGUGAUGAACGCAGCUCGAAUUCAUGACAAACAGAAGCUGAGGUCGUUCUGGGAGCAGAGGAUUGUUCAGCACAGUGAGCACAUGAACGAGGAGGAAAACCGCAUGAGGAGCAGUGCUCUGGCACGGCUGAGGGAGCAGUGGGUGGUCAGGUUGGAUCAGAGGAAUCAGCACCAGCAGAGUUUCUUCGAGGAGAGAAUCAGACGAGCUCAGAAAGCUCAGCAGAGCUUCAGGAAGCUCAAUUCAGCCUGAACUCAGGAGAUGAACCUGAAGAAGGUUACAAACACUAACACCCCCACCAAUCAGCUUGCAGGUGAAGAGCAGCUGUCCAGUGGCAGCAUUCACAUUUAAGUAAUUACAUAUUUAAGUAAGUAUUUUAAAAAUGAAAGAGACAAAGUGAAAAAUGUCACCAUGACUAAAUCUGCUAAAAAAUCAGAGAAAAAUACAAGACCUGUCAUAUGAAAAUCAAUAAUUAUUUUUAUUGUUGUUGGUGAAAAACAAUAUCUAAAAUAACUGACUUCUUGGAGAAUGUUUUGCCUUUCGUGUUGCAUUUCAUUCCUGCCUGAUGCCAGUGUUUUGUCAUUAUUGUGAUCUAUUAUUGUUACUCCAUAGCAUAUAAUUGAUGGUCUUAAAUAA